ACUGCCCCUGCCCUGCAUGGCCCUGAGGGGUGGGCUCCAGCCACUGCACCCUCCUGCCCCCAUGGCUGGCCUUGGGGCUGCAGGUGGGGAGACAGUCCCCCAUGCAGUGCAGAGCACAUGGAGACAAGCAAACAACGCCACUCCCCCAAACCGAAACUUCCUCAUCUGGAGACAGACAGGCAGGAGGAGCCUGGGAACGCCUGGCCCUGACCUUGGCUUCUGCCUGAGGGUGGGACUCCCCAUGCGCUGGCCUGGAGGCGGCACUGCCUGGGGGACCCUCCCCUCCCUGGUGCCUGCAGCUCACCAAGCGUCCGCUUUGGACAUCAGGGUCGAUGUCCACCCCAACUUUGCCCCAUUUCCCUAGCUGGAAGGCCACUGGGAGCAUUGCCCUGCAUCAGAGAUGGGGUGCACCCCUGGGGGCCCCCUUCCUGGCAGCCCUUGGGGUGGGGUGGCCCAGGCAGCUCCCCCAGUGGGCGGGACAGGGGUGGGUAGGGGUGGGGCUGGAGCCUGAGCUGCUGGCUGCUCCUGCCAGCUGUGGAGAGUGCAAGGCCAGACCGUAGCCCCAGGGCCCCCAAGCCAGCUCCCCAUGAGCCACAGCGCCCCUGAGCCCCCGCUCAAGUUCGUGCAGGGCAAAGAUGAGAUAACUGGGGACGAGUAUGACGGUGUGGACAGGGUGGAGAUGAGCUGUGGGCAUGCAGUGGACCCAGAGAACCUGAAGCUCUGGUGCCUCCAGCUGAUAAAACAGGGCAAGUACACACUCCACUGCCCCGCGGAAGUCAAGGGGAAGAAGUGUGGGGCCCAGUGGCUCUACCCGGAGGUACGCCGCUGCACCCAGCUGAGCGACUCUGAGCAGCAGGAGUUCGAGCAAGGACUUGCCCAGGCUGCAAUGAGACGCUACUGCAACCUGAAAGUGUGCCCAGGCUGCAGGAGCCUCGUGGAGCGGAAGGAUCCAGCCGAGCUUCGGGUGCAUUGCACAGUCUGUUGCACCAUACGGGGUGUGCCCUACGACUUCUGCUGGCAGUGCAUGCAGGCCUGGAAAGGGCCUAUGUUGUCUUCGAACCGUUGUGGCAAUGAGGACUGCAGGGACCCGAUCCUGCACAUCCUCGCCACCUGUGCCACCAAGGACCUCCCAGACAGCUCGAUCCAAGGCUGCCCUUCCAUCCGGGCCUGCCCCAAGUGCGGGCUGCUCAUCGAGCACAAGGAGCGCUGCAAGUACGUGACGUGCUCCCGGUGCGACACGAAGUUCUGCUUCGCCUGCCUGGAGACGGCUCAGGCCUGCGAGGCUGCCAAGCCAGCCAGCUGGUUUAAGCGGUGCGCCAAGCCCCUGGCCCCACGGCAAAGCCACGUUCCUGUGUGGAGCCCGUACCAACAGAGAUUGCUGUUGCAAGGCCAGCCUCUUGAGUUGGAAGCCUUUCGACCGAGAGCUGUUUUUGCCCAGCAGCUGGCGGCAAACGAGGGGAGAUGUUUGAUUUUAUGAAUAGCAUAAAGCAGGCUCUACUCGGUGCUCCCACCUCCGCCUUUCCUGCCUCAGCCUGAAACGUCCUUCCCCUGCCUUGUGUCACCAGCCCUUUCAGAAACAGAGCUGCUGUGAGGAGUU